AUGGUCAACUACGCUUUCGUCCUCAUCCCACUCUACAUCUACCCCGAAUCCCCAACAACCUGGCAACCCCUCUACAAUGCCGCCCAAAACCACCCAAACGUAACCUUCCAAGUCAUCGUCAACCCCAACUCCGGCCCCGGCGCAGGUGCCUGCCCCAACGGCAACGACACAAACUACAUCAACGCCAUCGCAACCCUCAACUCCAUCUCCAACAUCAAAACCCUCGGCUACAUCCACACGGCAGCCUCCUCGACCUGCGGUAGCAACGGCCAAGCCAUCUGCGUUUGCACCCAGCCCCAAUCCGCCCUGCAGGCCAACAUUUCGACUUACCAAAACUGGCCAACGGCAGGAUGCUCGAACAACAACAACAAGGACAUCCAUAUUGACGGGAUCUUCUACGACGAGUCCCCCUCCAACAGCACCUGCCUCGACUACAUGCGCCAGAUCACCUCGUACGCCAAACAAACCCUCACGCGCGGCAGCACGGCGCUCUUCAACACCGGCGUGGCAAUUCAGGAGACCGGGUACUGGGACAUCGCAGACUACAUCAACGUCUUCGAGAACAACGAGGCGGCGCUCCGGACCGUCAACGUCACACAGUUGACGGGCGAGGGGAACUUCGCUAGCCAGUCGACGUUGAUUGUUUAUGGGUAUUCGUCCGGGACGGAGAGGUUGGCGGAGGAUGUGCAGGAUUUGUUGAGUGUCGAGGAUGGGGAGGGGGUUGCGGGGCUGUAUGUGAAUGAUUUGAGUACGUUUGCGGCGUUUCCGACGGUUUUGGAGCAGUUUGUUGCGGAUGUGGAUGUUGUGGGGCAGGGGAAUCAGUGA